UGUUUUCACAUUUCAGUUUGGGAUUCUACUAGCAUCAUUCUCAGUAAUAAGACUCAUCACAGAUCUAGGAAUUUGAAAACUAAGGAGAAACAUCCAUUUGUACCAUCAUCAAUGACCAAAAAUCAGUCAGCAUCCACAGAAUUUGGACAGAUGACCUCAAGAGAUAAAGAAAAGAUUAAUAGUGGAGCAGUGUCUCUGUUAGGGGAUUAUACACUCAAUGACAUGUGUGAAUCACAGCUUCCAGAAAACAGAGAGAGCAAAGAAGAACUACUAGAUGUAGAAAGGACAGCAAAGGAAGAACAAGAAAAGCUUGAUGGAAGUGUAUUUAACCACCCACAGAUUUCUGAUAGUCAUGAAAAAGAAGAUCUGUUGCAUAAACACCGUAUGUUGCAGGAUGAAAUCGCCAGGCUAAGAAUGGAAGUAGACACAAUAAAACAAUCACACCAUUCUAUAAUAUCUGCUGCUGUCCAUGAUCAUGAGCAAAGUCAGGCAUCAAGAAGAAAACUAGAACUUGCUCUGCAGAGAGAGAGAGAGGAGUGGUUUUGUUUUCGGGACAAAAUUAAUUUUGACAUGUCUAACCUGAAAGAAGAAAAUGAGAUUCUUUCUCAGCAGCUUUCUAAAGCUGAAGGUAAAUUCAGUAGUCUGGAAACUGAGCUAUGUCACACAAGAGAUACCCUCAGAGAAAACACUUUGGUUUUAGAACAUGUGCAAAGAGACCUAAGCCACACACAGUGCCAAAAGAAGGAAAUUGAACACAGGUAUCAAAAGAAACAAGAAAAACUGAAUAAAUACAUCGCAAAGCAGGAAUCCUUAGAAGAGAGAUUAUCUAAACUACAAACUGAAAAUGAGUUGCUCCGACAGCAACUGAGUGAAGCUCAGAACAAAGCUGAAAAUAAAGAAAAGACACUCAUUAACAUCCAAAACAGGUUUAUGGAAAUUACAAAAAAACUUCAAACUGGAAAUGAAAAAAGGCUUACGCUAGAAGAAAGAAAUGAAUUAAUCAACUAUUGCAAUCAUCUCAAAGAAAGAUUGAAUCAAUGUGAAAGUGAGAAAGGAGAAAGAGAAGUUGGUAAUCUCACUACAGCACUGGAAAUUUCAUCUUCAGAAUGCCUACCUGCAGUUACAAGAAAUCAAGUUGAACAGAUGCUGUUGUCUAUGACAUCACUCCAAAAGAAAUGUGAAAAGCUAGAAAAGACGACAAAGAAACUGGAACAGGAAAUAGUAAACCUCAAAACUCAUAUGGUACAAGUGUCAUCACAAGAGAAGGUAGAGCAGUUGAGAGCUAAUGAUAAUGCUUCCCUUAAAAGGGAAAUGGAACUCAGAAUUCAAGAGCUGGAAUCUGAACUCUCCACAAAAACUCACAAAGAAGAUUUGAUGAAAACUAAAUUGGAAAAAUAUCAACAAUUGUACCUAGAAGAAUUAAAAUUUAGCAAGUCAAUAUUGGCAAAUCGAGUAAAUGAUCUCCACAGGACUACUGAGAUACCAGUAGAGAUCAAUACCAGAUGUUUUGUAGAGAAACAGCAGAACGGAUCUCCAAUCAGCAGUCUGACUAUGAGGCCAGUGCUGGAGCCACCUAGCGUUGGAAUCCUUAAGGGUUCAGUGAUCAGCAGACAUCAUAGUCCAAGAGAAAAUUUAGUGAUUCCUACUUGCAGCCAACAGAUUUCAAGUGACAGAAUGGCGACUUACUUGUUGAAGGUGCAGCGAAGAUUGGAAAAACGCAUAACUAGAGAACUGAAAGAAGGGAAGCAAGAUGAGUUGUCUCUGCUGACAGCUCUGCUAGAGAAUGAGCCAGCCUUGGCUUGUGACUUAAAAGAGAGUAAUCCCUUACCCCGGGAAGAUGGCAAGCCUGACGUAUUUGAUGAGGUGUUUGAUGCUGCUGGUAAUGGUGAAUCACACACGGAAGAGGCUGAUGAUGGAGAAGUGGGAAAAGACUGAAGACCAAAAGGAAAACUUGGCCACUCUCUCUGGAGACAUGGGCGACUUAACGGAUGAAGAAAUUCCCACUUUGCAGUCAACUGAAUAUAGAGUCUUCUCUACUCUGGCUUCCAAUCAAGUGAAAACUUGUCAAGAGUUACAAGGUUCCCUAACUACUGGUUCUCUAAUUUCUUAAUGAUAAACUGGAUAGAGAGCACCAAUCUGACAGUUUUCAUCAAAAUAGCUGCUGAUUCCAGUGGGGAGGUAAAUAACUGCAAAAAAUACUGUAUGAGUUAGUAGAUCAAAGACUUAAGGCCAGCACUGUUGGCCAGCUAUACUUGAUCCUUCAUAGAAUGUCUCUAACACCUUUCUUGCCAAUUACAGAAAAACAUUACUUUGGGUUUUUCUGUAUGCAUAUGGAGCCAGGGACAAGACUACAAAGCUACUAUACAGUCUCUUUGAGCAGGAGACCACUUCUGAACUUUGGGUGGUACCCUUUCUUAUUCCUGGGAUCUUUUCUUAUAUAUUUUGAAAUUAUGAUACAAUUCAGUGGUUGGCUAUUUGUUUUACUACAAGAGCCAGCAUUUAUUAUAUGAUAUUCAAUUUAUGAAAUAAAAUCAUUUCUUGAUAUAAAAACUUAA